AUGGCGGGACAACCUGUGAAGCGAAACUAUGCAAACGCGACUUUGGACUAUCUUGGAGCACGCUACAUGGGUGUUGGCUCUGAAGUCUGCAGCUACACGACACAAGCCGUUCAGAUCCCCAUGCGAGAUGGUAUCAACUUGGAAGCCGACUUCUACUCACCAGAGUUGCCCGACAAAGACAGCCCCGCUGGUUUGAUCAUGAUUCAGUGCUGUUAUGGUCGGAGUGCAGGUAUAUCUUUCAUCAAUGCCCGUAUUUUCGCGGCUCGGGGUUAUCAAGCUCUCUUCGUUAGCACACGCGGUACUUAUGGCUCCGGCGGGACAUUCGACCCGGGAAGCAAUGAGCAGUCUGACAGCCAGGAUAUCGUCGUUUGGAUGCGUCAGCAAGCCUGGUAUCCCGGCUCGUUUGCAACCCUCGGCCCCUCAUAUCUUGGCUAUAGUCAAUGGGCGCUUUUGCAUGACCCGCCCGAGGAUUGUGUCGCUGCUGUCAUUCCCGUUAGUCCGCAUGAUCAGGCCUCGCACGCAUGGAACACUGGUUCGUUUCGCCUAGACCGUGCCUCCUGGAGCGACAUGAUGUCGCGACCAGCCGAUGAAAAAGGGAGCUUUUUUUCGCGUCUGUGGCAUUUGCCAGGGCUGAGCUUUUUGCGGCCUGUAGAACUCGAGAAGGCCGUGGAGGGUCUACCACUGGAAGCAAGUUUACAGAAAUACUUCGGUCAUAGGGCUCCGUGGCUAUUCGAAUAUCUCAAGCAUCCUGAUGUUGAGGAUAGCUACUGGGCAUCGCGAAGGCAUCACAUUUCGCUUGAACGAGCGAAUAUUCCUAUCUUAUUGGUGAGCGGUUGGUACGACACUUUUACGAGGCAGACGAUACACCAGUUCAGAACGCUGCACGAGCGAGGGGUCAAUCCCAACCUCAUUAUCGGCCCAUGGACCCAUGUGCAAGGCUCUGGACUCCAUUCUAUGCCAGAGAUAAUGGAUUUCCUCGCUGAGCAUGUUGCCAAAACUGGAGAAUACAAUCGCUCUCAAGUUCGGGUGUUUGUCACUGGCUCUGAAGAUUGGCGUUCGCUGCCAAACUGGCCUCCGCCGAGCAACCCUACUGUUCUCUAUUUACAAGCACAAGGUGGCAUUGGGUUGACCUUACCAACGCAGGGCGCAAGACCCUCGGCUUUCGUCUUCGACCCAUUGGACCCUACUCCCAGCAUCGGUGGUAACCAGAUGUCUGGAGGCGGAAGAGUCAACGAUAGCGUAUAUGCAGACAGAAUGGACGUUCUGGUAUUUACCAGCGAGCCUGUGACAGCAGACAUUGAGAUCAUGGGGUGCCCGUUCGUCCAUUUAAUGCACGAAAGCGAUCCACCCUUUGCAGACCUCUGGGUGCGACUGAGUGAGGUUGACACAGAUGAUAUUUCUCACAACAUCACCGAGGUAUAUCAAGCGCUUGAUCCGGCGCGCGAUAUGUCGCAGCCACUAAAGUUGACUUUGCAAGACUGUGCUCAUCGAUUCCGGGUUGGUACACGCGUGAGACUAAUUGUUGGGGGUGGAUUUUUCCCAAUGUAUGCAAGAAGUCUCGGGACUGCGGAAAAUCGCGUGUCUAGUGAUAAGGCAGUUCCUCAGCGACACACUUUGACAAUUGCUGGUGGGGUGUCACAACUAGUCCUACCCGUUGCGGCCAAUGAUUGA